UACGGAACCUUUGUUUGUGCAUGUUUCCAGUCGGUUUGGAUUCAUACAAGCACCGGAUUCAUAAUGUCGAGGCACCUUCGUUUCAUUUCGCGGACAGUGAUGGUCCAAGACAUCAACGUUGAACAGGCGUACAAGACUUUAACCAGGCUUCUGACUCGGGACGGCAUUAUUGAAACAGUGAAGCGCAAGCGGUACUGCGAGAAGCCCUGCCAAGAGCGUCAGCGGAGGAGCUUUGAGACCUGCAGGCGGAUCUACUCAACAGAAAUGGGCAGGAAAAUUACCUUCAUCUCCAGGAAAAACCGAGAGGAUCCCUGGCUUGGCUGCUAGUGAAAUGGAGUAUGAUGAAACAUGACAUUUUCUAUGGACCUGUUGAGAUAGGGCCAGCAAUGUGGAAAACCCCAUCAAGAUCAUGUCCCUUGCUUCUAAAUGGACUUUGGUAAUACUGAUGACUGUAUUUCAUUGUUCAACAGUAAAAGGAAUACGAUGUGUAUAUGUGCAUUUAUUGUCAAGUCAACUUUGGAUUUUUGUUUUUCAUUUUCUCCACAAAAAAUGUGACAUUAAAAAUUGCAUUGCUUGUAUUCACUUUUGGUUGUGAUGAGCAGAUUAAUGACAA